GCCUUGUCUUGGCCUGGUGAACCAGUCACCUUAUGAAGUCGGAUUCUUUUGUAUGUGGAAAGUCACCAGGUUGAUGCCUCCACCGAGUGGAAAUACAGCUGCACGAACACCAAGUUAGAUUCUGAGCCCCGGGAAACCGAUCGAAACCUUGGGAAAGCACGACUCAUCGCUGACAAGAAAUUUGGGAAUUAAAAAUAAGAAGUUGUAAAAAAAAAUGAGCGACACGUGAACAUAACAACUUCUCGAGCACGCAAAUGUUGACUCGUCUGAUCCGACUGAGAGCACUCCGGAUGUCAAGCCCACUUACUCCCAGGAAGCGCAAGUUUGACCAGACCUCCAUCUCGGCCCAAGCCGCCGCCGAGAGGCCUCUCACCACAGCUCCCAAACCUGCACCUCAAGCCGCAACCCCAACCAUAAUAAGCACGAGCACAACAAGCAUACCCACAACCAAGACUACGGCCGCCAUUGCGAUGACGACUACGUCCGCCAUGGCCGCCGCCAGCAACCCACGCCCCACCAUCACCCCCACCAUCACCCUCACCCUCACCCCUCGGGAAGAACAACUCAGAGCUCUGCUCCUGGGCGCGGCCAAAUUCAUCGACGACCGGGACCUUGGAUCCUCCCGGGAAAGCGCAGCACCGCCGGGGCGGGAGCCGCUGGUGCUGCGGUGGGCAGGAGGUUGGGUGCGCGACAAGCUGCUGGGGACGGAGUCGCACGACAUCGACACGGCCAUCAACGCCAUGACGGGGGAGGCGUUCGUGGACGGGCUGCGGGCGUACUGCGACGAGCCGGACCGGCGGGAGCGGCACGGGCUGCGCGCCGAGGACGUCGGGCGCCUGCACACGGUGCCGCGCAACCCGGACAAGUCGAAGCACCUGGCCACGAGCACCAUCCGCCUGUGCGGGCUCGACGUCGACUUUGUCAACCUCCGCCGCGAGACCUACACGGAGGAGAGCCGCAACCCGACCGUCGAGUUCGGCACCGCCGAGGAGGACGCCCUCCGCCGCGACGCCACCGUCAACGCGCUCUUCUACAACCUGCACACCGGCCAGGUCGAGGACCUGGUCGGCGGCCUGGCCGACCUCGGGCACCGCCUGAUCCGCACCCCGAUGGACCCGCUGCAGACCUUCCUCGACGACCCGCUGAGGGUGCUGAGACUGGUGCGCUUCGCCAGCCGCCUGGGCUUCCGGAUCGACCCUGCCGCCGAGGAGGUCAUGGCGGACGAGAGGGUGCUCGGUAUGCUCAAGGUCAAGAUCUCGAGGGAGCGGAUCGGGGUGGAGCUGGAGAAGAUGCUAAAAGGCAAACGGCCCGUCGAGGCGCUGCGCCUGAUCGAUAGGCUCGGGCUCUACCACGCCGUGUUUACGGAUCCCGAGCGGGCGGACAUGCCCAAGCCGGAGACGGCGAGCUGGAAGUCGGCAUACGAGUGCCUGGAUUUCCUCGAGGUAAACAAAACCCCCGGCUCCAUCUACGACCUGCUCGUCACCAGCGAGGAAGCACGGUACUACGGCUGGGCCUUGGCGACCCUCACCCCCUGGGAGCAGCUGCCGGACGAUCCGCCGCUGAGCUCGGGGAAGCCUGCGCUGCCGCUCCCGACGCAGGCGGCCAGGGAGGGCUUCAAGGCGCCCAACAAGCUGAGCGACGUAAUCACGGCUGCGCACCGCCACCGCCCGGCCAUCCUGCGGCUGAGGGACAUUGUCCGGGACAGGAGGGAGGGCCUCGACGAGCGGGACCGGUUCGGCAUGGCCAUCAGGGACUGGGACAGCCGCGGCGGCAACUGGCGGCUGCAGGUGCUGUUCGCCAUCCUCGUGGACCUGGCCGAGCGCGUCGCGCCGGCAGGUGAGAAGGGAGGAAGCGCCUCCCGGGACGACGUGCUGGCCGAAUGGCAGCGGUUUCUCGACCACCUCGUCGAACUGGACGUGAUGAACGCUCCCUCGAUCAAGCGGCUGGUCGACGGCAAGAUCCUGGCCAAGGAGCUGGGGGUCAAGCCUGGGAGAUGGACGGGGCCGGCCCUGGACGUAGCGCUGGCAUGGCAGUUGCGGAACCCGGGGGUCGAGGACCCGGCAGGGGCCAUCGAGGAGGUGCGGCGCAGAAGAGAGGAAUUGGGCAUUCCUUAGACUAUAACUAUGUACGUAAAACACGGCGCUGAACAGGCUCGGGGGUUAUGAUUUGUCCAAUAUCAGGUCACACUAAAGCAAUGGUGAUGGAAGUAACAGAAUCGGGCUUCCUUUUGGCUCCCAGUUGUUCUUUUUUUCUUUUUUUUCUGUGUUCUUAUUCUGUGUACGAGAUUCGCUCCAAGCGAGCGUCGCUGCGCGCCUUGUUUAAAACCUGG